UGGCUAAACCCUAAAAAAUAGCCGAUUGAAGGGGUAAUCCCCUCUUUUCCAACGACGAUCCGAUGAAAGCCGCGACGAUCUCGACGUUCACGUCAACAUCGAUUUUCCCAAACCGUGGAUGGGGGAGAAAAUUUCCUCAUUUUAGGUUUUUUUUCCUAAAGACAAAACCCAACAGAAUGAAUUUCGCAGAGCUAACAAAAAUUGUCCUUGAACGAAUACAAAUUAUUGAACAAGACAAUUUCAGAAAAAUUGUAGGAUUUAUUUUGUUUAAUGAGCCAAGUGAAAUUGAGAUGUUACAGCUAGCCUUUUGCUCUGAAAAUGCAUUACUCUUCAGAAUUGAUGAAGUCAAAAAAAUGCUUAGAAAUUUAUACCCAAAGAAUGUUUCAGGUUCUUCUGAACGCCAAUUUGGUUCAUUUCUGCAGGGUUCACGCUCAUUCUCAUUCCCUUCUGUAUUUAAUAUCCCUGCGGAAUAUUGGGAUCAGCGGAUUUCUUCUGAUAAGUUCCCUUAUGGUAAAAACAUAGAUUUUGCUCCUCGAACUUAUCCUGUUUCAACAGAAGAAAACUAUUUCCUUUCUAAUCAAAACCAGUUAUUUAAUUUGGAUGAGAAUUUCUGUUCCCAAGAUGCUUCAUUGGAUGGAAGCAGUCCCUUAAGAACAAGUAAGAGAUCUCCAAGUCUUCCUGAAUUUCCUCUGAAGCCAUGUCAUUACUACUACAAGGGAUAUUGCAAACACGGAGAGAACUGUCGAUAUUUUCAUGGGGGGCCGUCCUUCCCUGAUGGUCAUUUACAAGCUUUCGUUCCAAGUUUAAAUGACUUGCAAAGUGAGGACCAUGGCUUUUCUCCUGCUUCUCUUGAGAAGCUGGAAAUAGAGAUCAUUGAACUCUUGAGAGCUCAGAGAGGACUGCCUGUUUCAAUUGCCUCAUUACCAAUACUGUAUUAUGAGAAGUAUGGCAAGUAUCUUCAAGCCGAAGGGUAUUUAACUGAGAGCCAAAGGCACGGGAAGGCUGGAUUCAGCUUGACAAAACUACUUGCGCGUUUGAAGAACAAAAUCAGACUGAUAGAUAGGCCUCAUGGACAGCAUUCAGUCAUCUUAGUGGAGCCUGUACCAAAAUAUUUGGACUGCAGGAAUGAGAGGAACGAACUACGAUCUACCGCGUCGAGUUCGCAUCAGAUAUACCUAACGUUUCCAGCAGAAAGCACAUUCACAGAGGAUGAUGUUUCCGAUUACUUCAAGCAGUUUGGACCAGUCAAGGAUGUCAGAAUUCCUUGCCAAGAAAAGAGAAUGUUUGGGUUCGUCAGCUUUGUCUAUCCUGAAACAGUGAGUAAAAUUUUGAUGAAACGAGUUUCUCAUUAUAUUUGUGAUUCUCGCGUUCUCGUCAAGCCAUACAGGGAGAAACUAAGGAUGGUUGACAGGAUUCAUACUGAACAGAUUAAGUCUCCAAUCUGUUAUCCUUUGCACUGUGUUGAUUUUGAUUCGGAACCUCGAGCACUGCCAAGGGAAUUUGAAAGCUCCAGUGCACUUAAAAUGCACUUUGAGGAGCAAGAUAAGCUGCUAGAACUUGAGAGAAUGCGCCUAUCGGAGUUCAACUUCAACUAUGGUGUUGACAACUUGAAACUCCCAGGUCCAGAUGAAUUUACACUGGAAGACCAUUUCAACUAUACCCUUGAAGCUCUAAACAUUGACUUUUCUACUGACGACAAAACUAGAAAUACAAGCACCAGUUGCAGUAAUCUGGAGAGGGGUCAGAUUUUGCUCCCCGAGAACCCAUUUGCAUCACCACAACUGCUAGCAACCAGUAUUUCAACAGCCACAUAGAGAUCAGAGAAGAAAACAUGAGAAGACAGAGAUCUCCAGAAAACUGAAAGAAAAAAAAAAA